AUGCCAGAGCCGAGGGAGCAGGAGACUGAGCCCAUCGCAAGAGGCGAGGCAAGAAGACUGAGACGAUGGCACGCACGCGGCCUCGAAGUCAGGCUCGCCAUUAGCACAGUCUUGCGGAUCGCGGAUCGGCGAGGCGAUGUCUCUCGCACCGUCCGAGGGCUCGGCGCCGAGCGAGGCGGGCGAGCGCAGCGCAGGCUAGUCAUGGAGGCCUCCACGAACGCCCCUUCCGCCUUCCUCCUUUUGGUCUCCACCUUGUUUCUACCCCAGUUCAUCCUCGCCGCCGCUGCUCUUCUCUCCACCCUCGCGCUCGCCGAGCCCCUUCCCCUCGCCGGCGACGCUGCCGCCGGCACUGAGAUGCAGGCCCGCGGCGAGCCUUUCUUCCUGUCUGAGCGCGCCUGCAACCCUUCCAACUGCCCGUGCAACGGCAUCCAGGGCCAGUUCUGCACCAACGGCAUUAACCCCGGUUGCAUCAAGGGCCACGUCUACGAGUGCCAGGCCGGCACGGGCAAGACGUGCGACUAUGGCUACCGCAAGUCCUGCGCCGAGUGCGGAGAGCUCCAGUGCUAA